UGCUUGGUUUGUGUCUCAUCCAAACGUACCGAGCAAACGAGACCAAUACGCAAAGAAGUUGCACGGCUACAGCAAUGUGGACAUUUACUCGAGAACGGGGCCAAAGAUGUGCCCUACGAAAGAAAUAAAGAUUGUGAGAAGUUAUUAAGUGACAAAUAUAAAUUUUAUCUCUCGUUUGAGAACUCUUUAUGUCGCGAUUACGUCACAGAAAAAUGUUUUAAGAUAUAUGCGGCCCAAGCUGACGUCAUUCCUGUUGUUCGAGGUGUCACGGAUUAUUCUGUGUUUGUCCCCCCAAAUUCCUACAUAGACACAAUCAAAUUCAAACAUAUUCAAAGUUUAGCGACAUUCCAGAUGGAGCUUGCUAGUAAUCAAACUGCAUUUGAAAAUUAUUUUCAAUGGAGAAAAUAUUACUAUAAUGAACCAACAGGCAGCCGGGCCUUCUGUCAGCUGUGUGCUGAAGCCCAUAGAAUUCCGACCAAACACAGACUGUACGAUAAUCUGGACACCUGGAUACAAGGGGACAGGGAUAAUCCCAUGUGUCGGGAGGUCUCCGACAUCAUGUGAUUUUUACGUAGUUACGUCCUUGUAAACUGAAGGUUUUUUGUGUCAUCAGUCGUGGUAUUUUAAAAGAAAGAUUUCAAUUAUAUUUGAUAUAUACACAUCUUAUCACGUAACCCUCAUUUCCCCUGUUAUUUUUUAUGAUAACACUGGUUACAUAACUAUAUUGUUGUCAGUGUAAUAACACCAUUACAUAACCGCCCUGUUAUCAGUGUAAUAACACCAUUACAUAACCGCCCUGUUAUCAGUGUAAUAUCACCCAUUACAUAACCGCCCUGUUACCAUUGCCAUUACACUUAUUACAUAACCGCCCUGUUAUCAGUGCCAUGACAUCUAUUACAUAACCGCCCUGUUAUCAUUGCCAUUACAUCUAUUACAUAACCGCCCUGUUAUCAGUGCCAUGACAUCUAUUACAUAACCGCCCUGUUAUUAUGGCCCUUACACUAUACAUUUGUAACUGCCCUGUUAUCGGUUCCAUUACACUUAAUAAAUAACCCAUUGUCAUCGCCCAUUGCAUAAUAUAUGGUACAUGAAUGUUUUUAUUAAUCUAAUUAAAAUAUCGUUUUUUAAAUAGU